CCGACAACUCGCCCGGGUAAUUUACCUACUUUAUGACCGGUCAAAAACCAUGUAAUUUACCUAAGGUAAUUUACUUGCUCAACCCUGGACAUAACAAACCUAAUCCUAGGGAAAGAUAAGAGACCUUCGAGACGGAAUUCCCUAUAGUUUUAACACGGUUGGGACUUUAUUUUCUUAAUAAAUGCUUUAAAGUGUUCCAGUACCCCCACAUGUUCCAUAACCCCCACACUGACGGUAGUUGAAGUUUAGGAAAAAUGAAUUUGCCCCUACUUGUUAAUAUUUUCAUGUCCAUUUGUGCAUAUUCCAUCACAAUGAAAUUAAUUCCCAGAUUGGGUAAGGUUUUCGUGGAGAAGACUAACCUCUGGGGUGUUGAUAUGAAUAAGAGGGAUGGAGGAAAAAUACCGGAAGCCCUGGGGGUUGUCAGUGGCUUUGUGUUUCUCUGCACCAUGUUUCUGUUCAUACCAAUACCAUUCACCGAAUACAUCUCAGACAAUUCCAAUUUCCCUCACGACGAGUUCGUUGAGCUACUAGCCGCUCUCUUGUCCAUCUGCUGGGUACUCAUCCUUGGAUUCGUCGAUGAUGUUUGUGAUCUCAGAUGGAGAGACAAACUUUUAUUGACAACAAUAGUAUCCUUACCCCUUUUAAUGGUUUACUACGUGAAUUGCAAUGCAACUGUCAUCAUAGUACCAAAACCACUUAGAUCAUGGUUGGGUUUAUCCGUCGAGCUUUCAUUAUUCUAUUAUAUGUACAUGGCUAUGCUGGCAGUGUUUUGUACAAAUGCUAUCAACAUUCUAGCCGGUAUAAAUGGCUUAGAAGUUGGACAGAGUCUUGUUAUUGCAGCUAGCAUUAUAACAUUCAAUUUCAUUGAAUUGAGUGGUAAUUUAUGGAAGGCCCACCAGUUUUCACUAUAUUUGAUGAUACCAUACGUAACAACGUCACUUGCUCUCUUUAAAUACAACUGGUAUCCGUCACGAAUUUUUGUGGGCGACACUUUUUGCUACUUCUCAGGAAUGACGUUUGCAGUUGUUGGAAUCAUUGGACAUUUCAGUAAAACUCUACUAUUGUUCUUCAUCCCUCAGGUUAUUAAUUUUUUGUACAGUGUGCCUCAGUUGUUCCAUUUGAUGGCGUGUCCAAGGCAUCGAUUACCCAAAUUUAAUCCAACGAGUGGAAAAUUAAAUCCCAGUGUGACAGUGUUUCAAAAAUCUGAGCUCAAUGUUAUUGGUCGAUUUAUUAUGAAUAUUUUUCGAAUACUAAAAAUAGUAAAAUGGGAUGAGGAUGAGAAUGGUGUAGUUACUUGCAACAAUCUCACGUUGAUUAAUUUCGUUCUUAUUGUAAUUGGACCAACAAAGGAGCCUCAAUUAACGAAAAUUCUUUUAUUAAUUCAGAUUGCAAGUUCAUUCUUGGCCUUCCUCAUCAGAUAUCCUCUUGCGUCUGUUUUCUACGACGUAUGAAUAAUUAGAAAUCAGAAGUCUGAAAUGAUUCAGGUAUCAAGAGAUAAAGACCAAAAAGUCAAUCUAGUUUGAACUCACAGACUCAAUUCCUGAAACUGUAGUUGAAAAUAAAAUUCUUCUAAAGAAGGGCUUGGUUUUCCUUUCUCUAGAGGAAAACCAAGGAAGUCAAGAGACAGGGUUUCGUAGUGAUCGAUCUUCAAAUAAAUCUUUCCAGAUGUUUAUAUAAUUAAGUGAGUGAUAACAAAUGAUUUUAAAAACUAUAAAAUAAUAAUAAUAAUAAUAAUAAAGAAGGAAACAAAGCAUCUGCAAUUUGUACAGGGUCAAAUUUCAUAAAGGUGUUUAAGCGAUUACCUAUAUAAACAUUGCAAUUUUCACA